UGUUGCACGACACGUAUUUUACCCAUGAACUGCGUAAAUCGUGUUUUCUAUCACAAAUUGUCCGAAAUCACAUCAUUAAAAGAUUAUUCACUGUAUUGUUAAACACAUAUUUGGAAUGAAAAUGAAGAUUCCAAACAAUCGUUCGGGGAACGAUUAUGGAAAUGAAACAGGGAUUAUCUCUUACAUGGAUAAUAAUUUUGAUUCUGAAAUUGACGUACAAGGGACAGAAGAGAGUGACUUUUCUGAAUACCUUUGGAUGGAAAAUGAGGAAGAAUUUGAUAAAGAGGUGAUCCAACAAUUAAUGGAAGAAGAAUUAACAGAGGAAUGCUUAAAAGCAAUGUGGGAAGAUGAAAGACAACAUGAUCGAAAUACAAAUUCUAUUGCUUGGUCUACUGCUACAAGUAUGCCUGAGAAUAAUGGUGCUGAACUUUGUCAGCAACUUAGUAAUCUAAAAAUGCAUGAUGACCUUGCUAAGCAGAGUACAUUGAAUCCAAAUGCAGCUGAAUUUAUUCCAGCAUUCAAGUCAGCAGUAACAUCUGUAAGUACACCACCAGAAGUUACUACAGAAUCAUCAUAGAAGCCAUACAUUCAUUUCUUUAAUUGAAUAAAACAUAGGCUAUACGUAUGGUUAAUGUUUACCACCUUCAGUAACACAGUUGUAUUAACUGAAUUGCAUUAAAAGUUAAAUGACUGUCCUUACACGUACAAAGGUAUAAUGAUCAGCAAAGCAGAUAAUACAUAAUGCUGUUAUAUGAUAUUUAAGAGUAAUGAAGUCAGUUGCAUAAUCAUAAUUGAAAAAAAUAUAUUCAAAUUUUUAUAGUCGUGAAAUAUUGCAUAAUA